AUAUAACUCACAAACCCUUCUUCAAUGAUAUUACAUACAUUUAAAUCCACACUAGCAACAAAACUUUAUAAAGCUUUAGAUUGGAUCAUUUAGUAUCCCCUCUUCAACAAUUGCCGGAGCUUGCUUGCACACUGAAAUAUAUACACACGUGAUAUGUUAUAGCUUUUUCAGGCACAAUAUUUUAUAGGAUUCUGAGCAAUAAUUGAUUCCUCUUGGGAAAAAGAGUCUUGAUCAGGAUGGGUUUGAAUGAUAUAGGAGCAAAGUUGCCACCAGGGUUUAGAUUCUACCCAAGUGAUGAAGAGUUGGUGUGCCACUAUCUUUACAAGAAGAUUGCAAAUGAAGAUGUGUUAAAGGGUACUCUUAUGGAUAUUGAUCUUCAUAUUUGUGAGCCAUGGCAACUUCCUGAGGUGGCGAAACUCAAUUCAAGUGAGUGGUAUUUCUUCAGUUUCCGUGAUCGCAAGUAUGCAACAGGAUUUCGGACCAACAGGGCCACGAAAACCGGAUACUGGAAGGCUACUGGGAAAGAUAGAACAGUUGUUGAUCCGAACACUGGUGCCCUCGCAGGGAUGAGAAAGACUUUAGUGUUUUACAAAAACCGAGCUCCGAAUGGGAUUAAAACUGGUUGGAUCAUGCACGAGUUUCGUCUAGAAAACCCUCAUAUUCCUCCCAAGGAAGAUUGGGUGUUAUGUAGAGUAUUUUACAAAGCAAAAGGAGAGAAUAGCCAUGAAUUUAACUCACAAAAUGAUACAACUCAUGUUACUUCACCAAGUACAGACUCAUACUCGCUUCAUACAAACAACGUUGGACCACAGUUGUGUGGUUGCUACCAUCAAAUCACCAACAACUCCUCCUACCAAACUACACCUAUCUGCGACCACCCUCACCAAAUUGAUUAUAACAACCUUGAUUUAUCACAAUUGUGUUAUAACACCGCCACCGGCCUGGAGGAAUCAGCAAACCAAACGUCGGUAUACUCAAACAGCAAGUGUCAAGAUCAUGAAUCUGGUUUGUUUUCUGAUUUUGGUUUCGAUUUUAGCAUCCCUUCCCCUGUGGAUUUUGUCAAUGGUGAUAACGAGGACAAUGGCAUAGUGUUCUUCUAGUUGUACUUGAUUAUGUUAAUCAAGUAUAUUUGGUAUAGAAAAAAACAUUGAAGAUUGCCCAUUUGAUAUUUGGUGAUACAUAUUGUGUUUGCUUUUCGAGUUAAAGCUUAUGUCUUGUUGUAUAUUCCUGGUAUACAUGUAAGAGUGGGUUUGUAAUUAUUGUUCAUUGUACUUAUAAUAUAUACAUAAUGAACUUUAUAUGUUGAUCUAA